AUGGACACCGAUCAUGGACAACGCCUUUCGCUCGACGAGGCACUUUUCUACGGCUCGACUCGUGUGGCCUUUGCCUCUACCUCUGGCACUGUCCACGGCUUUGAGCCAUCUGCCCUGUCUGAGUCAUCGUCACCUGCUGCUGUCGCUUCUGCUGCCGCCCGAACAGAGCCGCUGGGCCAUCUUGGUCCGGCCUACGCCUCGCUGGUGGUGCCCGCCAUUCCUGCGCCGGAUAUCGAUGUUGAGAAAGGGCCAACGGCAUGUCAUGAGCUCCCGCAACUGCUGCGGGAGCUUCCACUGGUCAAGGUCCCCAUCACAGCCGAUGAUGGUGGGCAGAUCGUGGUGGCUGGUGACGGAGAUGUCGAUGGUACUGGCCCGCUGGCUGUGGCCUCGGGCAUUCGUUCGGCGCUAGUGCGGGUCGCCGGCGAGUGGUUCCGCCUCAAGGGUUGCGGGAACAACGACGAGGGCUUUGUCAUCCGCGAAGUCGAGACCGAUGACGGCCGCGAGCGCGGCCUGGUCAACAUCCGCGGGAGUUCGUUCGAGCACACCACAAUUCGGGAGAUGCUGAUGACGCACAAGAUCGAAGCGGUUGCUACAGAGAUUGGCAUGCUUUCGGCCAAUGCGCCCCGCGGGUGGUAUGUAUACGAGCUCGCCGACGAUCCGUUCCCGCUGGUGGCCAAGGUGUGCUCGGUCUUUGCCACCCGCGGCGACCGCCGGCUCGCUGACCACGUCCUUGUCGGCCUCGAGCGCAUGCUGGGAGCCGGUCUCUCUGCCGAUACUGGCCUUGCUGCGCUUGCUGCGCUCGCCGCUGCUGGCCGCGCUGAGUCGGCAUCCGAUGUCACUACGGACAUCACGCCGACCUUUAUCCAGGCACUGAUGGGCGCGACCGGCUUUGUUGCGGGCGUCGGGCCGGAUGCACCAGAGCUUGGCGAGCUUGAUCUUGCGGCGCUUGUCGCUGCCUCGCCGCAUCCAGCGCUUGCUGAGCGCAUCAUGCCCGAGCUGGUCGCAUCCGGAGCGCUCUUGCCGUACCUGUAUUGGCGGUUUGGAUGGGAGUGCGGCGUAUUUCUGGCGGCACUGCAUCGCGCGGGCAUUUCGUGGGGCACGUACCCGGACGCCAUGGGCAUGCACUGCAACGCCCACUCGAACAAUAUGGUCCUUCUUGCGCCUGCCCAGCACGCGGUCUCUCCCGGCGCCUUCUUCCUCGCCCCUCUCGACUUUGACAUGGCGUACUCGUCGGCCUCGCACGCCUUUGACUCGGACGAUCGCAUGGCCGAGUAUCUGGUUCUUGAGCGUAAUGGCAUGCUCAUGGCGCUUGCCGGCGACGAGCAGCUCUCCACCGGCGUCACUGGCUCCGCCGUCGUCGAUUCGGCCUUUGCCCCGCUCGCCGUUGUUCUUCGCGACACUGCCGCCGCUGCAUUCACCGCUGGCUACGACGGCGGCAAUGAUCUCGCUCCCUACGAUCCCGCCCUCACCACCUCGGCCUACGCCCUCAUCAAGCUCGCGCUCCUCCACACCGCCACCGACAUCGCCUGA